GGUGAAUUGGCCUUUGCUCUCGCGGUACGUGGUACCCUCUUUCUUUUACUUUUUCUUUUCCGUGGGCCUCUGCUUCUUUCUGUCUGCGCUCGCUCGGCGCAAAGAGUGAACGCCAUCGCCAGGGGCACGACAGGGGCCUUAAAGAGGUCGUCGCCUCCCAGAGAGCUUUGCAUGAAUGUCUGCAGAAAAUGGUCAUUUCAACAGAUUCUCGUGACAUGCCAGCGAGGCCGAACCUACCAGCGCUCCCCUCAAAGAUCGGGAGGACUGUGCUGCCUUGGUGCCUUUUCUCUGGCCUCGAUGCACGGAAGACAAAUGGACGAGAGAGACUCCAGACGCAGCGAGAAUUCCCGUGGCGCAGUAAGUGAAGUGGCAAUUUUUUCUACCGACUGGGCCUGAUGUCAGGGCGGUCGCUGUGAAUUCCCUCGCUCUCGGCGGUGCGCGAGUGAACACUCAUAUCUACAUAUGAGUGUUGGGCAGUCGCCGUCUCGCCCGAUUGUCCUGCGUAUUCGCGUGCCGGGUCAUUCUGCAGAGGUGGUUACUGGGCUUGUGCUUCCGGAGAAUGAAAAAGAGAGAGAGAGAGAGAGAGAGAUUGUCGAAUGUGGAUGAGAGGAAGGAGGUGAGUGAGAGGAGGAGAAGGAAUAGACGGGAAUUGGUGGUGGUGGGUUUGGAGGAGGAGGAGGAUUGGUAGCAGAAACAUGGAGGCGCUGAGGUGGGAAGGACUGUCCAGUGCGGAGAUCGAGGCGGGAGAGUGGAUAUGGCAGAGCAGCGGGGCGGCGGCGGCGAUGAUGAUGAUGAGUAGGAUGGAAGCGGUGCGGGUACACGAUUCGAAUUGUGGACUGGACGAUGGAGGGGGCCAGCAGCACUCGACGAGCGCUGUGGAGAAGAAGAAGGGGGACGAGAAUCGGGCUUGUUUGUGUCACGUGCCAGUCGACGUGUGGUCGCAUAUUUUCCUCCAACUCUCGUCCUUCAAAGACAUGGCAUGGGCCAGUGCCGUGUGCCGCAAGUGGAAGCAAGGGAUGCAGGAGGCUCUGGCUUACAGGGAGAAGCUUAGUUUCUCCGGCUGGAGGACGGAUGAUUGCACUGUAGGACAAUUGGUGGAAGGUGCCACGAACCUCUUGGAGCUCGACAUCUCUUUGACGAGGUGGGGCUCACGUAUUACAAAUGCUGGAUUGCAUCGUAUCGCGAAUUCGAAAUGCUGCCCCAACCUCACAUCGUUGUCUUUGUGGGGCGUCACGGGGAUCACAGACGAAGGAGUCGUCGCGCUGGUGAGGAAGGCGAAAUCUCUCGAGCAUUUGAACGUCGGAGGAACAUUCAUCACAGAUGACACUGUGAUGGCAAUUGCAUGUCACAGCUAUCGCCUCAAGGUGCUCAACUUGUGGGGCUGCAGACAUGUCACCGAAGCAGCAAUGUUGAUUCUUGCCAGAUGCUGCCCGAACCUAGUUUCCAUCAAUGUAUGGGGAAUGAGCAUUUCACCUGCGUAUGAGCAAGUCUUGGCCCGUUUGCAUCCUCAUCUCAAGCUGAAACCAAGCCAACUGAAACACGACGUGAUUCCUGCACCACCAUAACGAGGAGUAACAGAUAACACGUGUACAGAUUCUGUAAUGUUUUGACUGAAUUUGUGGGGCUGUGCUGCCAGUUGUCUGUAGAUAUGCACGUUCGUCAUCUUCACCGUCGCACCGUCUCACCGUAGUACAGAUUUCGGCGUCUCGGUUGUGGUGUCAGAUUAAAUUGCAGAGUAGUACAUACAGCGCAAAUGGCGGUCCUCUGUAAGAGCCCACUUCCCAUCCUUGGCCUCACCUUGUUCAAUGAUGUGUAAAUGUAUAUUUGCACAGACGUUCUGGUCUUGUACAAUAAAUGCUUCAGAGAAUUAUAAUAUGCUGUGGCUCAGAAAGGUCCGUGGUAUUAGUUAGUUCCAGCAACUCCAGAAAACCUUGUCACGAUUGUCAAUCAAAGAUUUCUCAAAGGCAUUGAAGUGUCCCCGGCCUUUUCUUUUUCAAUGAAUAUUAUAAAAG